GCUAAGAAUGCAGAGAAAGAAUGAUUGAAAGUAUAAACAUGAAUCCACCAAUAGUGAUUCAAUAGCUUAAUUCAGUUGUCAAUAAUAUACUAUAUAAUAUAAAUAUUCCAUGCAUGGACAUUGGUGAAGAGAGAGCUUAAAUAAUAAAAAUGAGUGAUCUAGACAACUCUGAUGAAAUUGAUGAGUGGGACAAAAAAGAAGUUGAUGAAGAAAAAGAUGAAGAGAAAUAUGAUGAAGAUGAAAAAGAUGAAGAUGAAGCUCAAAAGUUAGAUGAUUUUCAAAACUCUGAAGGAAAUUCUGAUGAUGAAGAAAUAAGACCAAAAGAGUAUUAUGCAGAUAGUGAUGAGGAAUAUGCUUUGAACAUAAAGAAUGAAAAUGAAGAGUAUACAGAAGUUAUUUCUGCCCUUCCUCCUAAGAUUAUUAAACAGGAAGAGAGCCAGGUAGAGGUCUCAUCUAGUCCAGCAUUCCAGUGUUUAGAUCAGCUUUUUCAAGAAGGAAAACUCUCCGGUACAAAAGUUGCAUUUCUCAAAGCCAAAUACACAGAAUUACAUGAAACUCUUAAAAGGACCAGAGAAAGUGAGGCACGACUUCUGCAAGAAGCAAAGAAAAGUACCAACGAACUUGACAGACAGUUUAUAGAGCUAGAGAAGGGAGACCACUUCCCUGAGAACUCCAACACUGAUGUGUCCAAGCUGAGGGAGCAGUUACUGAAACACAACAAUGAUUUGGCUGAAGCCGAAGAGAGACAAUAUCAGCUUGAGUAUAAAAUUGAAUGUCUUGAAGAGGAAAAGAAAAUUGUUCUAAGGGAGAGCAACAGGUUGCCCAAACAAGGGGAAAUUGAAAAGAAAAUUAAAGAACUGCAGGCCGGAGCUGAAGAGCUGAAGAAGGAAGUUGUCAGUAGACAAAAUGAGUCAAAAACAUUGAAGGAAGAUUUGGAGAAAACAAACCAUCAGAUUGCUACUGAUAAAAAGGAAUACGAAGUCUUAUCAGAAGAGCUGGAGAAGUUGAAGGCAGAACUAGUUCAAAUCAACACCAUACCAGGUCAGACAGCUAAAGAGGCAGAUAAAAUCUUGAGACAAAAGAAUGCAAUUUACGUACAACUGGAGGCUUUGAAUGCAGAAUACCAGGAGUAUGUUGAGAUUGUGAAGAACUUUGAGAGUCAGCAAAAAGUUUUGAAGGAUGAGCAGUUUGAAGCUGAGACCAAACUGAAAUCUCAAAAAGCUGCCUUAAGUGAGAAAGAGAGGGACCUGGCGGCUUUGUCUAAAGAUUACGAGCUGGCCAAGGAGAGGGAGGUCACUCUCACAGGUGACAGGACAAGUCUUGAUCUGGCACUCCGACACAUUCAAAAUGAGAGAAAAACCAUGCAUGAUCUUCAUACAAGGAGGUUAAAAGAGAAGGAAAGAGACUUGAGGAGCUUAAAGAAGGCUGAGCUGCAGCUGAAGGUGGCAGAGGAGAGUCUCAAUCACACCAAGUCAAUCUUUGAGAAAGUCAACUCACAGGUGAACAGUUUACCUAAAGACGACGGGUCUUACUCUAAGACUAAAGCUGAGCUAGAGAAGGAUGUUGAGCAGGCUAAGAGAGCACUUGCACAACAGAACUCACUAACUGCUGUUGAACAUGUCAAAUUAGAAGCCAGCGCUCAGGAAGAACAGAACUAUUUAUACUGUCAAAGUGAUUUGAGGAUUGAAGUGGUCGAACUGACCAGGUUGGCUGCUAUUAAGGCAGAUGAAAGGGAACAGAAGGCCAGAGAUUUCAUGAAAGCUGAGACCAAAUAUCACAGGGCAGUCGAGGACUUAAAGACCAAACAGCUGCAGAUACAGGAUCAUCAGAAAAAAUACCAGGAGAUGCAAAUCAAGCUGAAAGAGUUUGCCCAACUGUACGACAUAAUAAAGAAUGAGAGGAACAAGUGUGUGAACCUGAUACAGACCUCCACACAGAAGGCGGCAGAGAUGAAGGAGAAAAUUAAAAUAUUAAACAACGAGAUUGAGAUUUUACGCACAGCUGUCAUGCUGAAAGACAAAGAUCUACAAAAACAAAGACUAAAACGGAUGAAUGCAAUUGUGAUGAGAGACUCCCUCAGGAAUGAGGUGGCCAAGCAGAGGCAGCUGGAGGAAGAGCUGAAGGAGAAGAGGGAUCAACAGAGGACAGACAUGGCCAAGCUGAAUGUGAUGAUCAAUCAAGGGGAGGAACAGAUGAUCAAGCUGAGGAAAAGAUAUGAGAGAAAUGUACAGCACAGGAAUGACAGGGGCAUCAAAUUAAUUGAAAGAAAUGAAGAGGUCUGUGUGUUCUAUGAGAGAGUCAAUAUUCAAGACCAAAUGAUAAGAAAUGGCGAGGUGGAGCUCAAAAGUCUGGAGGAGGAGAUCAGGUUCUUAGAGCUACAACAGCAGGAGAUGAAGAGGUCAAGUCACUUGUUACAUAAAGCUGUGCCUGGGAAACUGAACCAAGAGAAAGAGCUGGUUACCUUACAAAUACAACUCCAACAGUGCCAAGACAGGAUGGUGGAGCUGGAAAAAGCUUUAGAGAACCCGUACGAUGAGAGCAGGGUGAGGUACCUGACAGGGAAGGAUCCGACGCCUGGUGAAAUACACAACAAAGUGGAGGAGCUGGAGUCUAGGUUGGCGGAGAAAGAGGAACGUCUGCUGGAGAAAGAUUUAAUUUUUGAACAAGUUGAGAGGCUGGUGGCUCGGACUGGCAACAAGGCUAAGGUUGGGAAGGACGACACGUUAAACUUGGCCAAAAGCGUAAACAGCAUUCAAACCAAAAUCAAAGAGACGACGCGCAAGAUGAUGGCCCUGGUGUCUGAGCUCUCUAUGAACCAGGCUCUGGCCAUGAAGCUGCAGCAGGAAGUCAAAGAGAAAGAGGCUCUGCUGGAGCACUGCUACAUGAGGAUGGAGAAAGGGGAGGCGCCUCUGUCAGAGUUUGAGAUCGAGUGGGAGAGAGCGUUGAGGGAUAUUGAGAGGAGGAUCCAGGAGGGAGAAGCGAGGAGACUGAUGGAGCAAGAAGAAGAACAAUACAGGUUAACUGGGGGCAUGUACACAACAGCCGAGCCCCGCCCAAAUGCUUAUAUUCCAGAGGAUGAAACAGAACUGCCAAUCCCCCGACCUUAUGGCUCAAAUGCUCCAUUUAAACCCACAGAGGCAGGUUCAACCAUGCGACACAUAAGGAAACCUGUUCCAAAACCCAUUGAAAUUUAAGGAAUGUUAAUGUAAAACUGUUCUUCUUUAUAAUUGAAGCAAUAAAUAUACCCAAGUAAUACCAAAACACAGUGAAAUUUAAGGAAUGUUAAUGUAAAACUGUUUUUCUUUAUAACUGAAGCAAUAAAUAUACCCAAGUAAUACCAAAACACAGUGAAAUUUAAGGAAUGUUAAUGUAAAACUGUUUUUCUUUAUAACUGAAGCAAUAAAUAUACCCAAGUAAUACCAAAACCCAUUGAAAUUUAAGGAAUGUUAAUGUAAACUGUUUUUCUUUAUAACUGAAGCAAUAAAUAUACACAAGUAAUACCAAAACACAUUGAAAUUUAAAGUGUUUCAAUGUAAACUGUUUUUCUUUAUAAAUUAAUGAAGCAAUAUUUCAUUAGCAAAAAAUGUUUUUAAAAUUAUAUUUUUUUUAAAGUUAUACAAAAUUGCCAAACAUAUUUUUAAAAAUAUAUGAAUUUAAAACUUUUUUGAUAUUAUCAUUAAUAUCAUGUUCAAAUAAGCCAAAACAAAUCAACAAAUUUUUCUUUCUCAUUUCCUGUGAUAUUUUUACACUAGUUAAAAUUUGUUGUUUAAGUGUUUGUAAAAAUUAACCACUUUACUUUCAGCUGUUUU